AUGAAGUCUGUAUCAAGACAACAUAUAGAUGCUGCAGACAGGGAUGAUUCAAGAAAUGUUACUUGGUUCAAAUAUUUAGAUACUUUAGGUGGAGAUGACCCAAGUUAUGCUAGCUUGAUGGACUAUUUAGCUGCUGGAAAGCAGAACAGGUAUUUGUAUGAGAAUUUCACUGUUUCUUCUAAAAAAGGGGACGUCAUUAAAUCGCUUGAUGGUGUGGACCUGUAUAUGCAAAGUCGAUUUAUGGCAAAAUACCUGGACACGGAAACUACACAUUAUCUCAGAGAUAGUGCAAGUUUCCUUGCCGAGUUUGGACCAGAUGUUGCAGCACUUCAUAGUGAUCCGGUUGAUCUGCUUUUGCCUUCUGGCAAAACAGUUGUGAAAACAGUGAAAAAGGAUUUCAGUCUAUUCCCGAGGGACUGGUUAGACAAUUUCUCCAAGCCUGUGAUAAACACAGUUUCUACUAUAAUCGUCAUCUUAAAGCCAUAAGGAGGAAUGUUAACGGAAAUUAUAUACUCACGUUUCAGCCAACGGUGACAACAGCUGGAGUAACUACGGAUGACAAGGUUAAUUGGAUAUGUUCAUGCCGUAGCAUUGUGAUUC